CCAAGUCUGGGACACCCGUGCUUGAACGCAAAGCUGAUUUCCCUGCCGGCUCAUUUCAGCAAACCCUGCCUCUCUGAAAAGCUGUCGCUGUUAACAGAACCCGUCUGUUUGCAGAGCACUGUCGGCUUACAAAACCUCUCCCGAUCUGCCAAGUCUCUGUGUGUAGAGCCUCCGUCUGCAGAGCCUGUGUCUUUUGUCAGAGUCUGGAUCUCUUUGCAGCAUUCAUGAUGGUUUUCCCAGCCUGUUCCCAUCUCCCUGUAUGCAGGAUUUGGGUCUGUUUUGCAAGGCUGUUCCUGCUUGCAGAGUCGGACCAUGCCUAGAGAUGUUUUGCUUACUUCAAGAGACUGCCUCUGUCUGGGCAGAUGCUGUGCUGUUUGCAGAGCCUUGCGUAUCUAUGUACCUGUCCGUAUCUGCCGUCUGUCCCUUAUAUAAAGGAUACCUACCUUAAGGGUUUGUCCCCACCCACAUUUACAAAGUCUUUCCCCACCUGCAAAGUUCCUCCACGCCUGCAGAAUCGGGAGCUGUUCGCAGAGUCUUUUUUGUGUUCACGACCUUCGCUUGUUUGCCCGGCUGCUUGUUUGUCUGACUUUCCCUGGAUAGAGUCGGUGUCUCUUUGUUCAGGCUGUCCUUACACAGACAGUUGGUCCCUGACUACAGAACUCAUUUUUGCCAAGAGACCCUGUGCUUGUUGAAUCCCUUUCUUCAGUCUGAGGAAGUUGUCCCUGUUUGUAGAGCCUAUGCUUGUAUGCAGAGCCUUUUUCUGUCCGCAUAGCCUAUCACUCUCCGAGGGUGCCGUGUCUCUUUGCAUAGCCUGUCCCUGCCUGCCUGGAAGACCCAGGCCUAUUGGCAGCUCUGUCCCUCAACGCAGAGCCUGUCUUUGUCUGCAGGAUUCAGUCGAAUGCCAGAAGUCUGUGUGCAGGGUCUACCCCUGGCUGCAGAAUCUGUUCUGUUCCCAGCACAACCUUUGCCUGUCUGCAUAACCUGCGUCUGUCUCCAGUGACUGCCCCUGACUGCAGAUCUCGUCUGUCUGCACAGCCUGUUUCUCACUGCUUGCUUGCAGAGGUCCCUUCGUUCAAGACCCAUCCCUGCCCACAGAGCUUGGCCCUGUUUCAGGAGCACAACCACAGAUGACAAACCUGUUCCCUGUUUGCAAAGCCUCUGUGCCAGGGUCUGUCCUGCUUUGCUGCCAUUUGUGACUUGAGAGCCCCCCGAAUGAAAGGCCUGUUCUAUGAUGACAGCGCUUUGGAGAGCUGCAGGUGGGGAGAGUUCUUGCCUGGAGCCCAGAGCACAGGUGGCCGGGGCCUGAGGACUCUGGCUCUUGUUUCUUCCCUCGUUCCCACCUGGCCUAGGAUGGACGUCAACAAGGGCCUCCCAGCCAUUGACAGCCACAGGGACCUCCACGUAUGGAUCAUCGAGAACCUGAGCAUGGAGCCAGUACCCGAGAAGGCUUAUGGGAACUUCUUCGAGGAGCACUGCUACAUCGUCCUCCAUGUUCCCCAGAGCCUCAAGGCCACGCAGGGGGCGUGCAGCGACCUGCACUACUGGGCGGGGAAGGAGGCGGGCGCCGAGGCGCAGGACGCGGCCGAAGCCUUCGUGCAGCAGCUGCAGGAGACGCUGGGUGGCGCCACCGUGCAGCACCGGGAGGCGCAGGGCCACGAGUCCGACUGUUUCCGCAGCUACUUCCGCCCGGGAAUCAUCUACAGGAGAGGGGGCCUGGCCUCUGCCCUCACGCACGUGGAGACCAACCCGUACAACAUCCAGCGACUGCUGCACGUCCAGGGGAGGAAGCACGUGUCGGCCACCGAGGUGGAGCUCUCUUGGAGCAGCUUUAAUAAGGGGGACAUCUUCCUGCUGGACCUGGGCAAGGUGAUGAUCCAGUGGAAUGGGCCUGAGACCAGCAUUCCUGAGAAGGCACGGGGCCUGGCCCUGACCUGCAGCCUCCGGGACAGGGAGCGCGGUGGUCGCGCACAGAUUGGCGUGGUGGAUGAUGAAGUUGAAGCCACUGACCUCAUGCGGAUCAUGGAAGCCGUGCUGGGCUGCAGAGUGGGCAACCUGCCUGCCACCAGGCCCGACAAGAGUGUUAACCAGCUGCAGAAAGCCAGCGGCCGUCUCUACCAUGUCUGUGAGAAGGAUGACGACUUGGUGAUCCAGGAGUUGGCGACCUGCCCGCUAACCCAAGACCUACUGCGGGAAGAGGACUACUAUAUCCUGGACCAGGGUGGUUUCAAGAUCUACGUGUGGCAGGGACGCCUGUCCAGCCUCCAAGAGAAAAAGGCUGCCUUCAGCCGGGCUCUGGGCUUCAUCCAGGCCAAAGGCUACCCGACCUACACCAACGUGGAGGUGGUGAACGACGGCGCCGAGUCGGCCUCGUUUAAACAGCUCUUCCAGUCUUGGUCUACCAAGCAGCGCGGGAACAAGAACUUCGGCAGGCUAAGUAAAUCGAUUCAGGUAAGGCCGGAUGUGGGCAAGCUGCAGAGUCAGCCUGAGCUAGCUGCCCAGCUCAGGAUGGUGGACGACGCUUCCGGGAAGGUGGAGGUGUGGUGCAUCCAGGACUUAGGCAGACGGCCCGUGGACCCCAAGCGUCAUGCACAGCUGUGUGCAGGCAACUGUUACCUCAUCCUCUACGCCUACCAGAGGAUGGGCCACGUCCAGUAUAUCCUGUACCUGUGGCGGGGCCACCGCGCCACCACGCGUGAUGUCAAAGCCCUGAACUGCAAUGCCGAGGAGCUGGACCUCAUGUACCAGGGAGCCCUGGUGCAGGAGCACGUGACCAUGGGCAGCGAGCCCCCUCACUUCCUCGCCAUCUUCCAGGGCCAGCUGGUGGUCUUCCAGGGGUACACGGGGCACGAUGGGAAGGAGCAGCCAGCACCUGCUACAAGGCUCUUCCAUGUGCAAGGCACCGACAGCUGCAACACCAGGACCAUGGAGGUACCAGCCCGCGCCUCAGCCCUCAGCUCCCAUGACAUCUUCUUGCUGGUCACAGCUAGCGUCUGCUACCUCUGGUUUGGAAAGGGCUGCAGCGGUGACCAGCGAGAGAUGGCGCGGACGGUGGUCUCUGCCGUCUCUGGGGAGAACGAGGAAACGGUGCUGGAGGGUCAGGAGCCUCCCGGCUUCUGGGAGGCCCUGGGAGGCCGGGCUCCCUACCCCGGCAACAAGAGGCUCCCCGAGGACGUCUCCGGCUUCCAGCCCCGACUGUUUGAGUGCUCCAGCCACAUGGGCCACCUGGUCCUCACGGAAAUGGUGUUCUUUAGUCAAGAGGACCUGGACAAGUAUGACAUCAUGUUACUGGACACCUGGCAGGAGAUCUUCCUGUGGCUCGGGGAAGCUGCCAGCAAGUGGAAGAAGGAGGCGGUGGACUGGGGCCAGGAGUACCUGAAGACCCACCCGGCAGGGAGGAGCCCCGCCACGCCUAUCGUGGUGAUCAAGCAGGGCCAUGAGCCCCCCACCUUCACUGGAUGGUUCCUCGCUUGGGACCCCUACAAGUGGACUAAUGACCAGUCCUACAAGGAGGUGGUGGAUGGCAGCCUGGGAGCAAUGCCAGCCAUAUGUGAGAUACCAGCAGAACUCAACGACUUCCAGCUGUCUAGAGGGCCAAGCAAUGGCGGGGCAGACCCUUUGACCCUGCAGACCCUCAAGGGCUCCCAGGACGGCUCAGGGAAUGAGCUGCAGCCAGGACCCAAGGCAGGUGACGCCAGCACCAACAGCCACCACAGCAGCCCCAGACCCACCAUCAAUGGGAGCCUGCCCCGCGAACGGCUAAUGCAUCAGGCUGUUGAAGACCUGCCAGAGGGUGUGGACCCGGCCCGCAAGGAGUUCUAUCUCUCAGACUCUGACUUCCAAGAGAUCUUUGGGAAGUCCAAGGAAGAAUUCUAUAGCAUGGCCAAGUGGAGGCAGCAGCAGGAGAAGAAGCAGCUUGGCUUCUUCUGAACCCAGGCCCUGCCCGUGUCGGUGCCACUAACGUAGCCAGGACCCCCAGGGGUGCCUUCCCAGCAUGGACCUGAGCCCCCGGGGACACCCCGCUGGCAUUCCCCCAUCAAUAAAAGUCCGUGGCCCUCACAA